AUGCCGCGUUCCCCGCCGCCUCCCGCGUCGCGCCGGGGGACGUGCAGCUGCUCGAGGGUGUCCACGUCUGGCCGGAGGUGGGCUCCUCGCGCGGCAAGGCCAUGUCCAUGUGCAGACCCCGUCCUCGUGGGGCGACCGGGGCGACUCGGCGGGCUACUACUUCGGCGAUGGUGGCCCGUGGCCGUGGCCAACGACCCGUCGAGCCUGCCAGGGGUGGCCGGCGGCAGCUGGGUGCGAACGCGGGUCGAUGAGGAGCUGCAGUUCGACGCCGCCAGGCAGGCGCAGGCGCUGGCCGGGGGCGCGCAGGUGCUGUCCACGGACUUCCCGCCCGGGGUGGGGCCGUCCGCCUGGGCCGGGCUCGAGGCGGCGCUCGGGUCGGGCGUGUUCUGGAUCCCCGGGGGCGCGCCCGUGGGCUGCAACCCCAUGACGGUCCCAGACGGCGUCGAGUGCACGGCGGCCCUGCUCGAGGACCUGGCCGCCGGCUGCGGGGGCGCCGGCACCACGCCGGCGUGGGCGCCGCCGGCCUCGACGUGGGCCGCCGCCGCUACGUCGCAGCCGCCGCGCCAGGGGCCGGGGGAGGCCGGCACCACGGCGGAGGCGGCCCAGAGCUCUUCGACCUCGACGGCGGGGGCGCCCGCGGCGCCGGAGGAGGUUAGCACUAGCAUCACCGGGUCGCAGCAGGCUGAGGACAUCGUUGUGGUGCAGAUGACGGUGACGGGCGUGGACUACAGCCUGCUGAUGGCGAACAGUGACGUGCUCAACGCCAUGAGGGCGGCAUGCGUCGGGUUUGUGGCAGACGCGGCUGGCGUCCCGACCUCCAGUGUUGCCGUGGAAUUCUCGCAGGGGUCCGUGGUCGUCAGGGCGAGCAUCACUGUGCCGCAGGAUCAGACGGCGGCGGACGUCUCUGGAUGGACGACGGCGGGGUGGAUGGCCGACAGCCUUGCGGGGCAGGUCAACAGCAUCAGCGGCAUCGAUGCAGUCACGAAUGGGGAUCCAAUCGGCGUCGUCGGCAUGAGCGUUGUCGAGGGCGGCAUCGUGGACGAGGUUGGUAGCGUCUCCUCGGGCACUGGCGGUGCCAGGCACCUCCUCUGCCCCCUCGCGGCCAGCUCGCUGAUAGUUUUUGUUUGUCGGUCAUGUAUGUGA